UUGCGCAUGCUCUGUUCACUAAGAACGGCUCACUUCCGCUAGCAACGGCUGCACGAGGACAGCAGCAUGUUACCAUGGCAAAGGGCGUCAGCAGCGCCGCCCGGAGCGCGCCGCUCGUGCUCGUGUGCGUGUUCGCGCUGCUCGCCGCCAACUUCGUCAUCUACGUGUACAUAGAGUCCCUGAGCAGCGGCGGCGGAGCGCUGCCGGCGCCCCCUCGUGGCCUGUGCCCACCAGGCCAGUUCAAGAUGGGGGCGAUGAAGUGCUCCCCCUGGCUGCAGUGCGCGGAGCUGCGCGAGCACGUGAGACCGCUGAAGAUGAUUGGCCAGGGAGCCGUGAAGAAGGUGUUUCUCUCGGAGUGGAAGGGCCACAAGGUCGCCCUGUGUCAGCUGUCAAGCGCCGAGUACAGCGAGGACUUCCUGCAUGGGCUGGCCAUGCUGAAGGCCCUCCAGGGGCCCCAUGUGGUGCAGCUGGUGGGCCUGUGUCCGGAGGAGCACGUCUUCGUCACCGAGUACCAGCCGCUGGGCUCCCUUCUCAACCUGGAUGCUGUGCUGGCACAGGAGAAGUACCGGGCUCUGGACACCUGGCAGACACGGCUGCGGCUCGCGCUCGAGUACGUCUCGGCCCUGCACUUCCUCCACAACAGCCCCGCAGGCACUCGCGUCAUGUGCGACUCCAACAGCCUGGAGAAGACGCUCUCCCAGUUCCUGCUCACCAGUGACUUCCACUUAGUGGCCAACGACUUGGAUGCCCUGCCAGAGGUCGACCGGGCAGGCGGGGCUCUGGUGCACUGCGGCCACCGGGAACUGGGCGGCGACUUUGUAGCCCCAGAACAGCUGUGGCCUCAUGGUGACGGGCAGCCGUUUUCCCACGAGCUCAUGCCCGGGUACGAUGAGAAGACGGAUAUCUGGAAGGUCCCGGAUGUGGCACGCUUUCUACUGGGCUCGGUGCCGGGAGCCGACGUGGCCCACUUUCACCUCUUUGAGAUUCACAGCAGGUGCAAGAACAAGGAGCCAGAACAGCGGCCGUCGGCACGGGAAGUCCUGGGCGUGUACAGGACCGUUUACGCAAGUAUGGUGAAAGACAAUGUGAAACCCAACUCUAAAGACAUGCUGUGAACCUGCAUGUCGCUGAUGGCUCCGAACACCGACCGCAUGUCGGGUCUCCAUCUGCGGCCACGUUAUCCACCUGUGUCAGCGAGCAAUUGAGUGUUAGAACAUUCCAGAGGCAACGCCGCAGACCUGGACCUGUCCUUGUUUCGGAAGGCAGGUUGUGCAGCACUGUCACCGAUUGGGAUUAAACUAUUACAUUUAUUAAAGUGGUACUCAAAACUUA